AUGCCACCUAACGUGGCGUAUCGCGACAAUGAUAGCGUAGUAGUGUUCGGUUACGGAUCACUAAUCUGGAAGCCUAACUUCCCAUACAGCCAAAGGAUAGUCGGCUAUGUUCGGGGAUAUAAGCGAAGAUUCUAUCAAGGCAACGUAUUUCAUCGUGGUACUCCGGAGAGGAAUCACUGUUUGCGGAAAAGACCACUGUUUUCCGUGUCCAGUUCAGAGUGGCACAAACAGAGUGUUGGUCAUCACUUAACUCGGCAGGGGAGUGUAAGAUCGAUUACUAAAAAUUCGGGAACUAUCGGUACGACUGAUCCUUUGGGAUGUUGCCUGCAUGAUCCUUGCUGCGCAUGGUUCGGUAAGCUGUGCGGUUUGACUAAUACUCGAUAUCUUUGUCGUUCUUGUUGUCAGUUUUUAUCCAUAUUUGUCUGA